AUGAGCUACCAACAACACGCAGCAAGGCGACGAGACAUCCGAAAGAGCAAUAAGGGUAGCCACCGGCGUGACAAAUUUAAGCGGCUGGCUUGGACUGUCCGCACGAAUCUGCAUUGCCCACAUGAGGCUGGAGCUGUAUCAUCCCCUCAAGAGAACAAGCCUGGCAAUGGACCACGACCGCCUGCUAUGAUUACUCUCCGGCUAUGGGACUUGAGCUUGAGCACCACCUUUGAAAACUCUCAGCCAGUUGGCUCGGACCACUCUGCACGUCAAGACAGUACCAAACCGAAGACUGACAUGACACAAUGUGCCUUCAAAUUACGGCCGCGAGAUGAUGCUACACAUAUCAGAACAACUUUCUCACUUUGCGAGCCGGUUCAUCUAGCCCCGACGAAGUCACACCGUGAUAGCUGUAGUCGCCUUGAUCAGUCUCUAGAAACUCGAGAACUUCAGUCAUAUCAACAUCAAUAUUCGCCACGCAAUGGUGGAAAAAAAAACAAUGAAACUGCUUCAUACUUCGUACCAAAGGUUGUUGGCAGAUCAGACAGCUUCGGACCAGCACGAGUCCUCUCGAUCUCGGGAGACACGCUCAUUAAAGUGCACUCAGCUGUCAUGAACGAAAAUGGUCCUUCCAAGACCUUAUCAAAUGAAAAAUGCCGGUCACGGGAGGAUGAUGAUGGCUUGUCUAGCAUACAUAUCUGCAGGAAAUCUUGA